ACAGAACACACAGAACAUACCCAGAACACCUAUGUCGAACUGGUUUUGGAAUCGCACGAUGCAAAAACUCAACAGACAAAUUGUCAAAUUGACCAUACCCAGAGCCAGAAGAAACGUCGAAGGUUUAUUCCUUUUAAAUACCAUUCAAAAAUAUUCAAGGCUUCCAAAAAAAAACGCCCUGUAGACGAUCACCGAAUCAGUACUAAUAGCAGUAGCUAUGCCAGCUGCAGAACUUUUAAGAAAGAAUCAAGCAAAAGCAAUGUUUCGUCCAAUACCUACCAGGAAAUUGAGAGUCUCCGUUGUGCCGGUCCAGCAAGAUGCAAUAGUAUCGCCUCCAAGGCUCCCGUUUCAGACGAAGGCGAUCAAAUGAACGAUGGUCAAGAAAUUCUGAAAGAAACUCCAUCCGAUUUUCAAACGAACAGGGACGCUAAAAUAUUUUAUCAGAUGGAGUUUCCGAAAAAGACUGGUCGUCAUGCAAAGAAGUACAUGGGCAUAUUUUGUAUGAUAUUAGUCUGUGCUAUAAUAUCGGCAGCCAUUGCGAGUAUAUUUAGUACAAAAUCCUUGAGAGAGAACAUUCCUUCGGACGUUGAACAACUAAUCAGUAAAGGAGAACUGAAGACUCAUAUCGAUGGUUUAAGAAAUGAGGUUCACAACAUUACUGAUGAGACAAAGAUUAACAACAAAUACCAUUUUGACAGUCUGUCAGCUAAAGAAGAUAUGGAAACAUUAUCAAACAAGAUCAACACCGAAUUACUUCUGCAAACAUUGCCAAACAUAGCAGAUUUGGGAAAAGUAUCAAAUGAGACAAGGAUGGACGUCGAAUUGCUUCUACAAGCGUUACCAAGAGGAACAGUGAGACAAGAUAUUGAGGAAUUGUCAAAAAAGAUAGAUAAAAACCUCAAAUGGAUUCUUAAAGUUUUGCCAAAUAAAGCAGACUUUGACGUCUGGACGGGGAAAGACAAGAGGAUUUUACAAAGAAUUUAUCAUGCAAUCAGAUGUAGCAUCAUGCCACCAGUACAGGAUAAAAGAACACCAGUCGCCAAUAAACGGCACAGGGAAGAAAUUGAGUCAGCAGCUAAAGGGAAGGGGAGAAACAAGCGUCCCCGCCCGGAUGCGCGGACACAGCGUCUCGAAAACAAUGGCGGUAAUGGUCGCCGGGCUCCACGGAUCAAUAUAGGAUGUAACAGAGCCCAGUGCUCCAGGAAUCGGCCCUGCACAGAAUCACUUAAGCAACAGCUUGGAGAUGACAUUCCAGUGCUUCGGAAUUUCGCAGACUCCGAUCAGAUGCAGACAA